AUGGAUAAUGUAAAGCAUAUAGGAAUAAAACUUUGCCAGAUUAAAGAAUGUGAUAAAUUAUUUAAUUUCAAUUCAAAUAUCAUUCAGAAUGAUUCAAGUCACACUGCAGAAAAGAAGCCAAACAGAUAUAAUGAUUGUGGAAAGUCCUAUAGCAAACUUUCAUACCUUCAUAUUCAUCACAGAAUCCAUAUGAGAGAGAACCCUUAUAAAUGUGAAGAAUGUGGAAAAUCCUUUAGGAAAAGUUCAUCCCUUCGUGUUCACCAGAGAAUCCAUAUAGGAAAGAAACGUCAUAAAUGUGAUGAGUGUGGAAAGCACUUUACUAAGGGCUCAUCUCUUCAUGUUCAUCAGAGAAUCCAUACUGGAGAAAAACCUUAUAAAUGUGAUGACUGUGGAAAGUCCUUUGUUAAGUCCUCCAGUCUUCAAUGUCAUAGGAGAAUCCAUACUGGAGAGAAACCUUAUAAAUGUGAAGACUGUGGAAAGUCUUUUGUUAAGUCCUCCAACCUUCAAUGUCAUAGGAGAAUCCAUACUGGAGAGAAACCUUACAAAUGUGAUGAAUGUGGAAAGUCCUUUGUACAGUCCUCCAAUCUCCAAUGUUAUAGGAGAAUCCAUACUGGAGAAAAACCUUAUAAAUGUGAUGACUGCGGAAAGUCCUUUGUCCAGUCCUCCCAUCUUCAGUGUCAUAGGAGAAUGCAUACUGGAGAGAAACCCUAUAAAUGUGAUGGCUGUGGAAAGUGUUUUAGUGAUGUCUCAUCUCUUCGUGUUCAUCAUAGAAUCCAUACUGGAGAAAAAACUUAUAAAUGUUAUGACUGUGGAAAAUGCUUUAGGCAUGGCUCAUCUCUUCAUGUUCAUCAGAGAAUCCAUACUAAAGACAAACCAUAGAAAUAUUAAAAAUGUUUUGUCUUUUACCCAUUGCUUUCUGUUAAUGUUCAUCAGAGAACUCACACCUGAGCCAAGCCUUAUAAAUGUAAAGGUGAAAAUUUCUUAACCAAAUCCUCAACACUUCAUCUUCCCUGAAUGCAUUCUAAAGAAAAUAUUUACAAAUAUGAAGAAUGUGGAAAAAUACUUCUCAUGAGCUCUCACUUUAGAAGAUAUCAGAAAAAUCAUAAGAAUCUUUAAAAAUUCUCUA